AUGAGUACGGAAGAGGCUGAUCAAAUUGAAAUUCAACAAGAGACUCAUGAUGAAAUACUACAACGUCAUAAAAAGGAAAACAAAGACCUUAUAGCCACAGUUACAGGCUUAAAGAAACAAGCAACCAAAAAAACUAGAAAAAAUGUUCUAACAAAAUGUCAAGAACUUGAAGAUAAUUUGAAAAGAAAACAUCAAGAAGAAAUAGCAGCUUUUGAAAAUAACGGAGAAAACAAUUUAACAGCUGCAGAUGAUGAACUAACACCAGAACAAUUGCUUGCUCAAUUAUCAGUAAGAGAGGAAGAUGAAAUUUCAUUACCAUCAGAACGAAUUUCCUCAUCAUCAUCAAAUAUCUCCACAACUUCAUCAACUGGUCCUAAGAAACGAAAUAGGGCCAAGGAAAGAUUAGCCAAAAGACAACAAGAAAUAGAUAGAAUAAAAGAAGAAGCAGAGAAAGAAUCAGAAAAUUCAAUAAAUUAUAGACAAAUUGAAAUUGAUUCAAUGAACAAAAUACUAUCUAAUAACAAUUUAAAAGUUUUUGAGAUUCAACCUGAUGGUAAUUGCUUAUUUGCUUCGAUACAAGAUCAAUUAACAAAGAGACACCAGGCAAACCCAAAUGAAAUAACAAUCCAAAAUUUAAGAAACAUAUCAAGUGAGUAUAUCUUGGAGAAUAGAAACGAUUUUAUACCCUUUUUAUUUGAUGAAAAAACUGGAGAACUUAAAGAUAUCGAAGAAUAUUGUAACGAAUUAAGAACAACGACGAUGUGGGGAUCAGAUAUGGAAAUUUUAGCAUUUGGUAAAAUUUUUGAAUGUUGUAUUAUAAUUCAUCAAGCUGGUGCUUCGAGUAUUAACAUAAAUGAAGAUACUGUAUAUGAUGAUCCAAAUCCUACUUUACAUUUAGGUUAUUACAAGCAUUCUUAUGGAUUAGGUGAACAUUAUAAUUCAUUGGUUGAUGCAUAA